AUGGCCAACACUGGCAAUAGCGCGCCCAUUGUAGUUCAAGUACCUUCAAACCUCCCUGUACCAGCGGCAUUGGAGUUGCGAGGCAAUCUUUGCUCGAACUGGAAGAAAUUCCGCCGAAUUUGGGACAAUUACGAAAUUGCAAGUAGUCUAAUCAAUAAAACCAAGGAGCUGAGAACAGCUACGUUACUAACGUGCAUAGGGCCCGACGCGUUACAAAUAUACGAUGGUCUUACGUUCGACAACAGCAGUGAUAAGACUGACAUAACCAAAGUGCUAGAGAAAUUUGAAAGAUUUUGCAUAGGGCAAACAAAUGAAACAUAUGAGCGGUAUCUGUUCAACAACAGAGCACAGGACCAAGGGGAGACAAUCGACGCAUACGUAGCGGCAUUAAGGUCACUAGCAAAAACAUGCAAUUACGGUACAUUAGAAGAGAGUCUUAUUAGGGAUAGAAUAGUCAUGGGUGUCCGAGAAAACGCGACAAGAAAGAAACUGCUGCAAGAUCAGUCUCUGACAUUAAAAAAAUGCAUAGACAUCUGUCGGUCUUUUGAGAAAUCAUUUCAACAUAUGAAAGACAUAACUAGUGAGGAAGUUAAGGCAUGUGGAAAGAAAGAAAGCAACCACUCUCAGUCACAGGAAAAAACACGGAACAGUGCAGGAACACACAAGAGACAGUCCCAGAAAUCCAUGAUAAGCUGUGAUGCAUGUGGUUUCCGUCAUGAUGAGGAGCGAUGUCCAGCAUGGGGAAAAGUAUGUGCAGCUUGCGGGAAAUUGAAUCACUUCGCAAAAAAAUGUAGGUCAAAACCUCGCCAAGGGUAUGGGAAUCAGAAUAGGAGGAACAGACCAAAGGUAUAUCAGCUGGAGGAAGUGAAUGAAAGCUCAGAUGAAGAGUUUAUAUUUACGGUGCAUAAGAAGGAUGUAAACUCAAUAAAACACGUUGGUCAGCCUAAUAAGAUUCACACUAUCAUUGACAUAAAUGGGGUGUUGGUAGAAUGCCAGCUGGACAGUGGAUCAACCGUCAAUGUGUUGCCUAAAUCAAAGUAUUUACAAGUGUUUGAUGACCCUCAAUUGGAAAAGUUGUCAGAGACGGACAUGACCCUAGUGAUGUUCAAUCAAUCAGAGAUGACACCAGUUGGAGUCAGACGAGUGCAGGUCCGUAACCCGAAAAACCGGAAAAAAUAUUCAGUGGAAUUUGUAGUUGUCGACCAAACAGUAAAGCCUAUCCUAGGAGCACGUGUGAUACAGGCCAUGAAUCUGAUUACUGUGAAUAAACAUAACUUAUAUCCGAAAGCUGAGGCUCCGAAGGAGGAAGUCCUACAGGCAUCAACAACCGACAACACCAUGUUUGAAGGACUUGGGAAGUUAGCAGGCAAACUCCACCUCGAGGUAGACCCCACUGUGCCACCUACCAAAAUACCAGUGAGACGAAUACCAGUGUCAUUGAAAGAUAGGGUCCAGGACGAACUGAUGCGACUAACAAACCUUGGUGUGAUAACACCAGUUACCACCCCAACAGACUGGAUUUCAUCGAUUGUGGUGGUUAAGAAGCACAAUGGGAACUUGAGACUCUGUAUUGAUCCCAAACCGCUAAACAAAGCACUCAAGAGGAAUAAUUAUGCGAUGCCGACAAUUGAGGACAUUCUUCCAGAGCUAAACAAAGCACGACUGUUCUCAGUAGUGGAUGCCAAGGACGGGUUCUGGUAUAUUGAGUUGGAUGAGGAAAGCAGUUAUUUGACGACAUUUGGCACGCCAUGGGGCCGUUAUCGGUGUUAA